AUGCAUAAGACAUAUGCUGCUAAAAUUGAUUUGACACACACACAGACAGACAGACAGACAGACAGAUACAAACACUUACUCCUUUCUACUCUCCUUGUAACAGAGGAGGGAACCCCGCUACAGGUGUGGGGCUCCGGAACACCCAGGAGACAAUUCAUCUACUCUCUGGAUGUAGCACGUCUGUUCCUCUGGGUGCUGCGGGAGUAUGAUGAGAUUGACCCCAUCAUUCUCUCUGUGGGGGAGGAGGAGGAGCUCCCCAUCAAGGACGCCGUAGAGAUGAUUGCAGAUGCCCUGGACUUCAAAGGUCAAAUAGUUUUCGACACCAGCAAGUCAGAUGGUCAGAUGAAGAAGACGGCCAGCAACGCCAAGCUGCGACGCUACCUCCCUGACUUCACCUUCACGCCGCUCUCUGAAGGUAUCAAGAAGACCUGUGAUUGGUUCGUGAACAACUACGACAUAGCCCGAACAUGAAGAUCGAGACAUGAAUAUUGUUUAAUGAAAAAGACGAGGGCUACGUCCCAAUACUACUACUGUGCCAUCCUAGUCUUGUGUCCUUGCCUUCAUGUCAACUGAUAAGUGAAAGUUCUGGAUAGGUUUCACCAUAAGGCCGGUUAAGUUCUGUCAGAUCAGUGGGCAUGAAGUAAAGGCACACAACACUCACAAUUUCUGCACUCACAAUACCCCACCUUGUUGUUCUCCCCAGAACUGUCUGGAAACCAUUUUGGAUCCUUUCUCCUCUAUUUGCACCGUUGAUGUCAGGGAUUGACAUUAAGGUUUGAAAGGCUCUUGCCCAUUGGACAGCAGUAUUUUUUGUUGGUUGCCUGAUGAUUACAGUCACUUGACAGAAAAUGUUAAAGUAGUUGUUUACAAGCAAAAGUGAUUGACGGACAAUUUAUGGCAACCAGACAAGUUGAACCUGCUCUUUGGUUGCCCCAUUAGGCAGGGGAUUAAAUUGUCACUUAA